AUCUCCAUGACAACCAGUGAAAACGGGCGUGAAGAGUUAGGUAAUGUUCCAGGUUCCCAGCAGGGCUGUCUCGGGUUCACUUGUGCCCCCCUGUGGGUAAAGCAAACACCGCAUGAGAGCUUGUAUAGUGACACCAAGGUUAGUGAUUAACCUUGCCUUCCCAGUCUCUCAGGACACACACACACACACACACAGAGACGUCGGACAGCGCUGUCACUGAGGCAUGCUGCCGCUCGGCCGUCACAUCCUACAACCGCCACCACCACCACCACCAUGGGCGAGUGCAAUAACUGCACGCGGGAACGGGCUUUAACCGGGGAGGACGACGUGACUAUGGCGCUCCACAAAGUUGUUAGCCAUGACAACCAGAACCAGUUCUACACCCACCAAGAAGAAGACGAGCAUGGCGAUGACGAGCAGACAGAUGAAGCAGUUCAUCUACGAACUAACUAUCUUAAGGAUGAAGAUGUUGAAGAGAAGCAACGGGCGAGAGGAAGCGAAAAUGUGCUGGAAGGCGGCGAGAAGGAAUCGCUGCUGUGUAUGCUACCGGCGUUUUGCACGAGAGGCAAGGAGACCGCAUCUUCCGGAGAAGAAACACCACCUGAGGAGAAACCAAAGAAAUGUCCUGGUCUGGGUUUGUUCUAUGCUUUUGUGGCUACAGUUUUCUUCUCCAUCAUCUCCCUGCUGGUGAAAACCAUUGAGGGACUCCAUGCCAUCGAGAUCAGCGCCAUCCGCUGCUUCUUCCAGAUGCUUUUUGUCAUGCCGUUACUCGUCUACCACAAGACAGGUUUCCUUGGUCCCCGAGAUAAACGUAUUUAUUUGGUGCUUCGGGGUUUCUUCGGCUCCAAUGCAAUGAUCCUUCUCUACUAUGCAGUUCAGCAGAUGCCGCUUGCAGACGCCACUGUCAUCAUGUUCAGCAAUCCAGUCUUUACCUCGCUCCUGGCUUGGGUAUUCCUCAAAGAGAGAUGCACAAUCUGGGAUUGCGUGUUCACUGUGUUCACCCUCACCGGAGUCAUCCUCAUCGCUCGCCCGCCGUUCCUCUUCGGCGAGCAUCUCAGCGGCAUCGAAGGCGACUACACUAACCACGUCAAGGGAACUGUGGCUGCCUUCGGAGGUGCAAUUGGAGCUGCUUUCACUUUUGUCACUCUGCGAAAAAUGGGRAAGAGCGUCCACUAUUACCUCUCUGUGUGGUACUACGCCGUCAUCGGCCUUGUCGAGUGCAUUAUCACCACAUCCGUCCUGGGCGAGUGGAAUCUUCCGUUCUGUGGUCGAGAUCGYUGGAUACUGAUGCUUAUUGCUGUUCUGGGCAUCGCUGGCCAGACCUUCCUCACUAAGGCGCUGCAGAUUGAGAAGGCCGGGCCCGUGUCCCUGAUGAGGACGGUGGACGUGGUGCUGUCCUUUUUCUUCCAGUUUGUUUUCUUUCAUCGUGUGCCGACCUGGUGGAGCCUCGGGGGGGCGCUGUGCGUCGUGUUGAGCACCAGCGGAGUUGCACUUAGGAAGUGGUUUAUCAGCUCCCGCAAGAGCACUGAGAGGAAUGAAGAAGUUUGCGUACACUAAUCACCUCCCCUUUAUCAGAAUUAGUAUUCUUUGUCAUACCAAAUGACAAAGAACCACCCAAUGAUUUGGCUGGUCUAUAUUAUUUUCAAGAUUUUUGUUUUUUUCUUUUUUAGUGGAAAGGGGAAGACCAUUCCAGAAGCUUACUGCUAGUUCAAUGUUCAACUUUUGGAACAUUCAGUUAUAUCAAAAGUAUCAAUAAUCUAUCUGUUGACAUCAGAUGAUGUUGAUUGAUUGAUUUGGUGGGAGAAGUGUGUCUAUAUUAUCCCACUUAGUUUGUGCAAUGCACUAAUGUGUGUAGAAGGGAAACGAUACCACACCAUGAUGCUGCCCCCACCAUGCUUGACAGUUGGUAUAUUGUUUUUAGGUUUGAAGACCUCUUUCUGGUUUGUUUGUUUUGUUUUUGUUUUACAAGCUUACCUUUUUUUUUUUAAUCUAUCAGAGGUUUAAAGUUUGGGUACGGUGGUUGAAACUUUGGUAUUGUUGGGCGUUGCAACGGGACGAUAAUGCUCAACAAACAUCAGAACUGAUUUUUAAAAAAUAAGUAAAAGUGGCUUACAUUCAGUUCCUGAACGCACCUGGUUAAGGUGUGCAAAAAUGAAUUGACAAUACUUACAAGCCAUUCAAUCAGCCAGAAAUUGGGCUUAAAACUUCAUUUGAAAAUGACUAAUUUUUUAUACUGUACAGUUGUGCUUAGAAAUGGAAAAGUCCAAACAUUCAUGCUUAUGUUGUGUGUGUAUGCAAACUUCUGACCAAUAUUUUGCUCUUUUACUUUAUAGUUUUCCUUUUUUUUUUUUUUACUUUCAUGUAUGUUUUUUAGUUUACUUUGUACUUUAAAUGCAAACAUGAAGAGAUGCAGGCCACAUUAACAGGGUAUGAUAGAUUAAAAUUUUAAUCUAUUUAUGCAUGUCAACUUCAAGAGUCAACCUGUAUAGGUUAUUGUGCGCUUUUAUUUUGCUUAAAAUAACAUCUGCAGGGAAUGAGAAUAAGAAAAGUCUUUAAAAGCUGUAUUCUGCUUCCUAGAAGCCUUCCUGAAUGAACUGAGAAGUUCUAAAAGUCUGGUUGAGUGAAACCGUUUUGAAAAAAUGCCCUCUGUCGUAUUUUUCUCUAACUUGUACAGAAGCUCCAAAGACAGACUGGGACCAUUUUUGUUGAAUCACAUUACUUACUACUAGCUUUUAUUUUAAACCAGUUUUUAUAUUAAAGCGAUUUGCACUAGGUGCUACUGAAUAGUUAAUCAAAUACUGUAUGUAUUAGCAUUUUUCCUCCUGUGAAACUGGGUUAUUUAUGAGCAUUGACUAAAAAUUAUAUCCUGAAAACAGGGUUGUUCUGCCUGAGUCCCUGAGGGGUUUAAAGUAUUUUCUUAAAUAUGCACAGAUUAUAUAUUAAUGAAACCCAAUUAUUUUUUCCAUUACUGUACGUAAAGUGCCAUUCUGUAGGGAAAUUGUGAAAAUAAAUAUAUAGUCGUAAUCAUAAGACAGCAACAUUUUACAUCUGUUAGCACCUCUAUUAAAGGUGUCUAAAAUACCUUAAAAUAAAUCCCUCAUUCAUUAACGUUGAUCAUUUUACACUUAUCAAAUGUUUUAUUUGAAUGAAUGUAUUCCAUUUCUUUCUGAGAAGAACAUCAUACAGCAUGGAAUACAUCUGCUCUACUUGAAUUACAUAUAUAUAUUUUUAGAAACCUCUAUUUAAGGCUGGAUUUUGUUCCACAUGUAACAAAAUGAACUGAGGUAAAACUUGGUUUUUCUACCAUUUUCAGGGGGAGAUUUUGCUAUUUAACAAUAAAAGAUGAAUUUAUUUAUUAAAGGCUUUUUUACAUCUUUACCAGCAGUGGCAAUACGAUGAAAUGACCCCCCUGUAAACUGCCUGUAGAAUAUCUUUUAAAGGGAGAUACUUUUCCAUCUACAGGUUAUACUGAUUUCUAAUCAUCAGCAUAUCUCUCAGGUCAGCUAGCACUUUAAGAUAAUCUAAUAAUCUAUGCAAAACUGAAGUAGCUCAGGUGUUUUGUUUCGAUUUUUCCUUCUCAGAUUAAAUAAUCUCCUCUAAACAUGGCACUACAUCAUCAGUUUUGCAACUUUUGGAGUUCAGUGGAGCUUUGCUUAAAUAGUAUUUAUGUGCAUCUUUGCUUCUAAUGAUGUAAUGCUGCGGAAAAGAAAAGUAUUCAAUUAGUAAAAAAAAAAAAAAAAAACUUUCUUAAUUUUAUCUUUUCUUAAGACAAAAAUAAAAAUAACAAAACCAGCUUAUUUUAAAACUGACUCAGGGUCUGAAAUGUACAUGAUGUUUGACUGACCUCGAACAUUUGAGUUGGUUCAUUUGCCAUCUGCCUAUUUAAAUGGUUAAAAAUACUUAAUACACAGUUUUCUUUUAAGGGUAUCUAAUCAGAGCAGCACUAAAAGCAAAUAUGUUUACUUAACUGGACUGUAAAAGGUUGCCUUGUGUAUCUGUGGAGUAAUAUCCGUUCUUAUCCAAAAGCCUUAUUCUUAACGCAGUUUGUUACGCAGCACUAUAGCUAUAAGCGUCUCAGCACAGCUUUAAUCUUUUAUUUGACAGAGUUUAAUCUGGGAUAGUGUAAAAGUGAGAUGAUGAGGUUAGUGAUACCUCGCUGCUACUUAAUAUCCUGAAAUGUCUUCGUCAAUAUUUGUUUUUGCUGUUCUUUUACAAACUUUAUGUACCUGUUAGACCUGUGGGGCAACGGGUCAGCACAUACGUACAGGUUAAAUUGGUCUCUUUAUACAGUAAAUCCUAUCGCAAGUCUGUGAAAUCAGAGUUUGCACAGUUCAGCUUUAUUAAAGUCUUUAUUUCCCAUGUGCCUUCUCAGAGAAGGAAAACUGAAAAAAAUGUGUACGUAAGAUGCGUGUUGCAUGUGGUCACUUUAACAAGCGCUGCACCUCACUUUGCAAGUAGAAAGCCCUGUAUUAGAGUGACUCAAGAGGUAUCUGAUUGUUUUUUAAUUUGCUGUGGUUUUCUGUAAUGGCAUCUAAAGUUCGACUGGAAAAUGUUGGUUCAUCAUGAACCUCAUUAAAUUGCUGCCUAAACAACAACUGGGAUAUACAGUUUUAGAAAAGCGAAAAGUUUUAGUAAAAUGUUAGAAAAUGCACUGGACUUGUAAACCCAGUAAUGCAGUACUUAGAGUAUUUUAUACUCAGCUUUAAAACCUUUUACAUAUUUCUGUAUGUAAACCAACAUUUCUUUGAGAUGUAUACCUUUCUUCCUAGUGGUAGAUUACUUUUAGUAUGUCGUAUUUUCAUAAUAAACUUUUUAAAUUCAGAAGUCA